AUUGUCUCUGUCCUGACGUCAUCCAAGCGCGGCUGCUAACCGCGGUAACGCCGCAUUAUUUUUCUGCGGGUAUCGGCCUACCCCGUGGUUCCCUCUUCAUACACAAUCAUAGCAGCUCCUCACCUACAUUUCAUUUCCUAUAUGGGCUCAUCAUCCUCUAAACCUGCGGGUUCGGCGGCUAGAGCCGUCUCACGCCGGCAAUAUCCCAAGAAUCCAACUCCAGCAACGACCACGCAAGCUCCGUCGACUCUAGUACCACCAGAAACAACAAGGCGCAGACGCCCUCCAGGACCAGUAUAUCAUGCAAAGGAACAACCCUCCACUGUGCGAUCAGAGGCAAUCGACCUAGACGCACGAGAUCCCACAUUUGCAGCCUCUCUGCGCUCCAUCGGCCCCGUAACGCCUAACCCUACCUUGUCGCAUUCAAGCACCUUCAAUGCAACACAAAAAGGCAGGACGAACACCGUGUUCCCACAGGCUUCGAAUCCUGCAUUGCUUGUCUGGAGCGCACGGCAGCGAAUCACAAAGGAGGCGGAGCUUGAGGCAGAGUCGUUUGGGAAACAAAGCUAUGCAGGAAGGGAGUAUUUGGAUGCAUUGACGAUUCGACAGGCGCUUUCCAUGCGGGAUCGGCAGGGUCUAUCGGAUGGGGAGAUCGAGGGGCUCCUGAGGCUCAAGAAGGGGGUUUUGGGACGGUUGGGGAAGAAGGGGGUAUUCUCGGAGGUUGGUUGAUAUCAACAAUCUUGAGCUGUACAUGUAUAAAACAGUUGUCGCCAUUGAUGGAUGGCCUAUCUGUGGAGUAUGGUGUAUACGGUAUGUUGAUAUUGUAAAUAUAUCUUUUCAGAAGGGAAAUCAUUUGGAUGGAAUGCUUGGAAGUAUAUCAUUGGCAUAAAAUAGGAGUACGUCCACGGAAUGUCUAUAUGUCCCUUA